AAGUUCGCAUUGCUGUGUCUACUGUUGCCUUCGCUCGUUACGCCGAGCUUUUCAACUUCCUAGAUUUCCGCCAUGUCCGUCACAUUGAGGUCAGCUAGCCUUAUGCGCGGCAGCGGUGCGCUGCGAUCAAACCUGGUCGUCCGCCCUCGUUUGACCGGUGCCUUGGCUGCGAACACCGCAGCAAACCUCCGCCUCAACGGCAGAGGACUGCCAUCCCACAUCUCCGCCCUUGCGAUUCUCGUGCCUCAUCAGCGCGGCUAUGCUACGGAACCAACCUCUUCCACAUCCUCUGCUUCGGACCCUCUCCCUCCCCCCGGCUUCAAUGCCGAACAGGCUAAGAAGCCGCUCGCUGCGGAGCAGCAGCAGCCCGCCAGCAAGCAGAGCACUAACCAGCAAGUGGUGCCUGCUUCCGAACAGUCCGUUGCCGUUCCCGGCAAGAAUCAGAGCACCGAGGCCUCGAGCAAUGAGUUGACGACGGCCAAGAGCACCGAUGCCGACAAGAAGACCGACGAGAAGAAAGAGACGAAGAAGUUGACGAUUGGCCAGAAGAUUAAGAAGGAAGCCCAGCACUACUGGGACGGCACGAAGCUCUUGGCCACUGAGGUCAAGAUCAGUUCCCGGCUUGCACUGAAGAUGGCUGCGGGGUACGAGCUCAGCCGGAGAGAGCAUCGCCAGCUUCGCAGAACCGUCACCGAUCUUGGACGUCUCGUUCCCUUCUCCAUGUUCGUCAUAAUUCCUUUCGCCGAAUUGCUGCUUCCGGUCGCCCUGAAGCUCUUCCCCAACAUGCUGCCCAGCACCUACGAAGGCCAAAAGGGCCGCGAGAAAAAGGCCCUGAAGCUCAGCUCCACCCGGAAGGAGGUUUCCGGAUUCUUGAAGGACACCCUGCGGGAGUCGGGUCUCCCCGUGACGGCGGCGACCGUGAAGAACGAGGAGUUCACCGAGUUCUUCAAGAAGAUCCGGACCACGGGCGAAUCCCCGACGCCGGAGGACGUGAUCAAGGUGUGCAAGAUCUUCAAGGACGACCUCACGCUGGACAACCUGUCGCGGCCGCAGCUGGUGGGGAUCUGCAAGUACAUGAACCUCAACACGUUCGGCACGGACGCCAUGCUGCGGUACACGAUCCGCCACCGCAUGCGCCAGAUCAAGCGCGACGACCGCGCCAUCUUCUACGAAGGCGUGGAGUCGCUGUCCGUGCCGGAGCUGCAGAUGGCGUGCGCGUCGCGCGGCAUCCGCACGCACGGCGUGUCUCCCGCCCGUCUGCGGGAGGAUCUAUCCGUGUGGCUGGACCUGCGUCUGAAGCAAGGUGUGCCCUCCACCCUGCUCGUCCUGAGCAACGCCUACGUCUACGCCCAGGGUGGUAAGGAGGCCGAGAUGGCGACGCAGAUCGAGGCGCUGCAGUCCGUGCUGUCCAGCAUCCCCGAGGAGCUUUUCCACGAGAUCGAGCUCGAGGUGCACAACGCCGAGGGCGCGGCCACCAACAAGCAGCGUCUGGAGGUCAUCAAGGAGCAGCAGGAGCUGAUCGAGGAGGAGAACAGCCAAAACAGCGAGAACGAGGAGAAGGGCGUCUCGGCGCCGCAGGAUAUUGAGGACAUCGACGACGACAAGGAUGACGCCAAGUACCGGUCGCCAUCGCAGGCCAGCGAGGCCAGCGAGGCCGUCAAGGAGGGGGAGAGAGUUGAGGAGAGCCCUGCGCAGGAAGCUGCCUCCGCGACCAAGACGGAGAAGAAAUAAAAGCAGCCAGCUGGCUUGAUCUGUUGUUUUGGUUUUUGUGUGGGCGUUGCGUCGAAUUUGAUGACCCUGUGACAUAUAGACAUAUUACUCUACUUUUUCUACUCUUGUGUUAGUUAGUUUUUCAAUUAUACAUAGACAUGAUGGAUUGUUCUGUGGGUGUACUCCGUUCUGUGUUAAAGGACAGGGAUGCAUGGCUUCAUGAUACAACAACUUGGAAGGAACAUAGUUUGAGAUAUUCCAAUCGGC